AUGUCUGUGACAUAUACCCGUGGAGCUGCUGGAAAAUGGAUUAAGAACGGGUCUGUUUCACGGACGAGUAUUGGUGGAUCUGUAACUACUAUUAAUGAUGUUGCUGCUGACGUUAUUACUGAUGAUGGUGACGAUCAUGAUGGUGAUGAUGGUGGUAGUGACAGUGAUGAUGCUGGUGCUAUCAGCGACCAGGGCGACGAUCGCGAUGGUGAUGAUGAGAUGCGAUCGCCUCUCUCUACGACGAUGUUCCCUCGCGGGCUGAUCGCUGUUAUCCACAUCAGAUGUGUACCAGCACCCGGUGGCAGAGUUGGAUUUAUGCUAAACGACCACGAUAGAGGUGAAGAAGUGCUCGCGUGGAACGUAAUGGACAAGUGGAAGUGCACGAAGACCUCAGGUGUAGUUUUACUUACUCCUAAGGAAACGACCCUUUUGUCAGUAUUUCGUAUCUCGACAGCAUUUCGUAUUUGUUUCAUCGCCAUGCUACUGUCCACUGCAUCCACUCUUCAUAGUGUAAUGUUAACAGCCGAUCAACAUCAACAAAACGAGGUUGCCGCCUGUACACAAACUGAUCUCUCAUCAGCAUCAGAGAGCGAAUUGUUGAGCUGUAGGCGUCAUUAUCGCUCCUUACUGCAAAGAGUCGACGGCGAACUAGCACGAGUAUCACGUCAGAAACGCUAUUCUCCCUUAUCAGCAUCAUUACCCAAUCUGGAAUCGGCGUUUUUCAUGGAUCGUCUCAAUACCAUACGUCUCGCACGUGAAAAGGAGCUGAACCAUACGCUUACUGAAGCUAAUGACGAAGGAAUUCUCCAGAAAAGGCGUAGACCAUUUGUCCCGAGGAGAAACAGUACAGCUGAAGAAUGUCGUCAAUUAUCGCAACAAGAAUUGGUUACUGAACUGAAGCAGAAAGGAACAUAUAACCCAGAUUUGAUGGCAUGGGAUGCUUCUGGAAUUAUUCGUUUCUUGGAUCGUUCUAUAGGUGAUCAGUAUGAAAGACAAUCGAAAACUCGUCCAAGUGUCGAGGAAACAAUGGAACGUAAUGUGGAGGCACUGGAACGGAUAUUGUCGGAAUUGAAUAUUAAAUGUGAUGUACGUUCGCCUUCGGUGAUUUCGCGGCUGCAAAAUCUGACAUCGACGGAAAGUCGACGAACAGUUAUAUCGCCAUCCAUACGUAUGAUGGAUUCCGAACUAGAACGAAACAAGCGUGGAACCGCUGGGAGUGUCAUCGAUUCCUUGAUAGCAUCGGGAGCUGCUGAUGCUUACACCAGAGAGGAUUUAAUAAUGCGUAAACGGCAGAAACUCAUUGGAGAUGUUCAUGUGAUACCGCUUGGAUGUGAUAAGCGAGGUGGCGAAGAAGACGGUUACCUGAGGUUAUGUGGUGCUUGUCAGGCGAUACGUCGGUUACCGGAUACAUUUUUUCCACCAUUUAUCAACGAAGUGAUGUGUGAUGACGACAAAGCUUGUCUUUAUUUUUAUGAUUUCCCUCAUGGAAAAUGCACGCAGAAGCAUAUGAAUUUCGUCGUAUUGAAAAACGUCGGUACAGAUGAUUGUCAGAUAUGGCAAAAAUUCAAUCUUAAUGUACGAGUUUCCUGCGAAUGUUUUGUUGAUGAGAUGUCAUUCUUUGCAAAAUAUGUUUGA